AUGGCCAGAACAAAGCAAACAGCAAGAAAGUCCACUGGUGGUAAGGCACCAAGAAAGCAGUUAGCCUCUAAGGCAGCUAGAAAGUCCGCUCCAGUCUCAGGGGGUGUUAAGAAGCCACAUAGAUAUAAGCCAGGUACCGUUGCCUUGAGAGAAAUCAGAAGAUUCCAAAAGUCUACUGAACUCUUGAUUAGAAAGUUGCCAUUUCAAAGAUUGGUCAGAGAAAUCGCCCAAGAUUUCAAGUCCGAUUUGAGAUUCCAAUCUUCUGCUAUCGGUGCUUUACAAGAAGCCGUUGAAGCUUACUUGGUUUCUCUUUUCGAAGAUACUAACUUGUGUGCUAUCCAUGCCAAGAGAGUUACUAUCCAAAAGAAGGAUAUCCAAUUAGCUAGAAGAUUAAGAGGUGAAAGAUCUUAG